AUGGAUCAGGAAGAAAGAAUGCCCGAGACUACAAGCCAUUCAGAAACCAGUAUGUCUAACGCGGGAAGGCCUGAGGUGUCGCUGAACGCACCAUUCCCUAGGCGUCUGAUGAAGAAGAAUGAUGAACAUCAAUUCAAGCGCUUUCUUGAGCUCCUAAAGCAGUUGCACAUCAAAAUUCCACUUAUUGAGGCUUUGGAGCAGAUACCAAUAUAUGUAAAAUUUUUAAAGGACAUUUUAACAAAGAAGAGAAGAGUCAGUGAGAAAGAAGUGACAUCACUAACGCAUGAAUGUAACGCGUUAGUAAGCAACAAUCUACCAAAGAAGCAGAAAGACCCUAGGAUCUUCACGGUUCCUUGUUCGAUAGGAGGAUUAGAUGUGGGUCAUGCGUUGUGCGAUCUAGGAGCUAGCAUUAAUCUCAUGCCACUUUCAAUUUUUAAGAAAUUUGGGAUGGGCGAAGCACAAUCUACUUCUGUCACCCUUCAGCUUGCUGACAGAACAAUUAAGUACCCAGAAGGGAAGAUUGAAGACGUUUUGGUAAAGGUUGACAAUCUCAUAUUCCCAACAGACUUUAUUAUCUUGGACUACGAAGCAGAUAGAGAGGUACCAAUUAUCCUUGGACGCCCCUUCUUAGCUACUAGGAAAGUUUUAAUUGACGUGCAUAAAGACAGUGAUGUUUGUCAACUAAACAAUAUUGAGUUGCCUAAAGAAGAGACUCAUGUUUGUGAGGUCCUCGCGUUGGAGGAGACCCUGAAGGAAUCAGAGCCGCCAAGUCUGAGUGAGCGGUGGACAAAACCAACGCGUCCAUCACUUGAAGAACCACCAGAAAUCGAGUUGAAACAGUUACCUAGACACUUGAAAUAUGCAUUCCUUGUAACCAACAACACUUUACCUAUAAUCAUUUCCACAAAUCUUACAGAGCCUAAUGAGAAAUCUCUCUUGCAGAUGCUGAAAAAGCAAAGUGUGCAAUACGUUGGACGCUUGCGGAUAUCCGUGGGAUAA